AUGACGUCACAAAUCCCCAGCAAGUCGUCACAAAUCCCCAGCAUGACGUCACAAAUAACCAGCAUGACGUCACAAAUCCCCAGCAUGACGUCACAAAUAACCAGCAAGUCGUCACAAAUCCUCAGCAUAACGUCACAAAUCCCCAGCAUGACGUCACAAAUCCCCAGCAUGACGUCACAAAUCCCCAGCAUGACGUCACUAAACCCCAGCAUAACGUCACAAAUCCCCAGCAUGUCGUCACAAAUCCCCAGCAUGACGUCACUAAACCCCAGCAUGACGUCACUAAACCCCAGCAUGACGUCACAAAUCCCCAGCAUGACGUCACAAAUCCCCAUCGUGACGUCACAAAUCCCCAGCAAGUCGUCACAAAUCCCCAGCAUGACGUCACAAAUCCCCAGCAUGACGUCACUAAACCCCAGCAUGACGUCACAAAUCCCCAGCAUGUCGUCACAAAUCCUCAGCAUAACGUCACAAAUCCCCAGCAUGACGUCACAAAUCCCCAGCAAGUCGUCACAAAUCCUCAGCAUAACGUCACAAAUCCCCAGCAUGACGUCACAAAUCCCCAGCAUAACGUCACAAAUCCCCAGCAUGACGUCACAAAUCCCCAGCAUGACGUCACAAAUCCCCAGCAUGACGUCACUAAACCCCAGCAUGACGUCACAAAUCCUCAGCAUGUCGUCACAAAUCCCCAGCAUGACGUCACUAAACCCCAGCAUGACGUCAUAA